AUUCUAGAAAGAACUUCCAUUUCUAGAACUGCACACCUACCUUUGCUCCUCCCCAAUACAAAAUCGCAAUUCGCAGAGAAUCGAAUCACAAAAAAAAAAAAAAAACUUGUAACAAUGGCGUCGGCAGGAAAAUCACUGAUCCAAACUCUAAAACGGUACUUGAAAAAGCCAUGGGAGAUAACAGGACCACAAUCGAGUCCAGAAUAUGUAUCCGCCUUACCAAAAGCUACAGAGUACAGAGUUUUCUCCCCUGCUACAGCACAAGCUCAAGCUAUAAUCCCUUCGUCAAAUCCCGAUACCGUAUACGAUAUCAAGUACUUCUCUCGUGAUCAGCGGCGUAAUCGUCCUCCUAUAAGGCGAACUGUUCUUAAAAAAGCUGAUGUUGAGAAAAUGAUGAAGGAGAAGACAUUUGAUGUUAAUGAUUUUCCGAAGCCGUACUUGACUGCUAAAGUUGAAGAAGAUUAUAAUGUUAUUGGUGGUGGAUACCAGAAAUGAAGAUGACAAAUCUACUGUGAUCUCAUUUGGACAGUGGGAAAAAGGCAGCUACUUUAAAUUCAAAAACAUGUAGUUAGUGGUAGAUGGUUUCACCAAAGUUAAAAGGAAGGAUCCUUGUUUUUGAAGUAGAAGGCAACCAAGCUUCUUAUUGGCUCAAAAGUUAAAACUUGAGAAGAAGAGAAUGGAACUUGAAUAUUUUUCGCAGAAUAGAAUGAAGUACCAGAUUAUGGAGAAAAUUAACAGUAUAAAUCAGAUCUUAAAGAGGAUGAAGAGUUUGCACAGAAAACUACUGAUCAAAGGAUUUCAAGGAAGCUACCAGAGAUGAGGAAAGAACAUGAAGGUGAAAAUUUAUCUGUCUAUGGUUGCUUAAAAAGACGACAACACCAUAAUUUUCAAAGAUGACAAAUCUAACAGAAUUUGAUAACAUCAACUAGCUAGCUAAAACUGCAAAGUGAUAAAGGAUCUAGAAGAAAUCAAAAUGGAAUUGAAAUUUUACUAGAAUCUUUACAGGGAACUCUUGAGACUCUCUUUUAUAUAUGAGAAUAUGUAUGUCUUCAUUGAAAAAGAAAGGGAUUGGCUGCAUGGACCAUUCCUGGAGGAGGAGGUAGGUAAUAUUACUAAGCGUUAUGAAGGAAUUAAGGUUACUUAAUGUUUCACCAUGGCCUUUUUCCGAGAAAAUGUUGGCAAAUUGUCAUAGGAUAUAUACGUAAUGCUGCAAGUCAUUUUCAUUUUUGUUCUGUUCAAGACUUCCAAAAGGGCUUCAAUGCUUCCUUUAUUGCUUUGACACCAAAGAUAUGUGGUAUAGAAGAAUUGAGGGAUUUCAGAACAUUAUCCUUGAGAGAAGCAUAUACUUUAUUGUUAAGUGGAGACCAACCUAUGGGAAAUCAUUAGAAAACUGCUAAUUACAAAUCACUAAUUAAUGCUGUUUCAAUUGUCAACAAAUGCCUGAAAAGAAUUGAGACCAGGCAAGGUUUGGACUCCUUGUAAACUGUUUUGGUGAUGGAGUGAUGAUAUAAGAGUUUGGACAUAGACGGCGAUCAAGAAGACAUGUCACACAUUUUUUAUACUGAAUUGCUGAUGACACAUUAAUUUUUUGAGAUGCAGUGGAGACAUAACUGAAGUAUCUGAGACUCAUUCUGUUGUUUUUUUCCGGCUGCUUUUGUAUUGCAUAUAAUUUACCAAAAAAGUUUCUAUACGCAGUCAAUGAAGUUCUAAGCAUUCAAUGACUGACAAAGAUUCUUGGUUGCAGAGUUGAAAUUAGGAGGGGCUCUCUAUGAGAAGGCAAGGGAGAAAAAAACCUUUCAUUUGGUAAGGUUCGAAAAGAUUAUUUAAGAAAGAAAAGGCAAGGGAGAAAAAAAAAACUUUCAUUUGGUAAAGUUCGAAAAGGUUAUUUAAGAAAGAAUGGAGGGGGAUUAUAGGCAAGAAACUUGAAUCACAUUACAACUGCACCUAGCUAGUAAAGUUGUAUUGGGUAAAAUUGGCUAGAGCGUCCUUCUCAAAAAAUAAAAAUUUGUCUAGAGUGCAUGGCGCUUGUAGAAAAGGACAUUUGGUGGAAGGAUCUAGGGAAGAGAGGAGUUGUCAAGGAUAACAAGGGUGGAGCUAGGCGCCCGGAUACUGGUUCAGAAUCCAGUAAUUUUUGCUCAAAUAGUAUAUUUAUGUAGAGAAAUUAAUUAAAUAUGUACAAAUAUUAAGUUUAGAACUCAAUUAAUAAUACUUGAAGUCAUCGUUUAGAUUCCAAAACCCAUAAAGUUGAAAUCAUGGUUUCGCCCCUGCUCCCGAAGGAGUGUCCUCGGAAGCAGAAGAAAGGACCUCACCGAGAACACGCAAAGGAAGUUGUACCAAAGAGAAAGGAUCUGUGUCCAGGUGACUCUAAAACUCCAUGUCAGCAAAUUUAUUUAACAAAAAAAUAAUUUAUAUUGAUUGGGUGACUUUGAAGGUGAAAUACCAAUAGUUGAGUGACUUUUGAGUUAUAAAACAAAGAAAAGUGUCUUUGUAAGAGAAAUAUCCUUUGUUGAAUGACGACAUGAGAUAUUAUCUCCUGCUAUUCAAGAUGCAUGUAAAUAACUUGUGAUCCUUCUUUGGUGGGAAUUCCUUUACGUUGUAGAAAUGUAAUUAUGAAUAACCCUUAUGAACUCGUCGUGCUUAUUCAUUUAUCUAUUUAUGCUCGGGUAGGAACACGUCGUGCUUAAAUCUUAUAAAUACGUAGUAGUCGUCUUUAUCAUUCCGUACCUUUUAACAUUCCCAAAGUCCCACCACUUCAAUUAGGCACAACCUUCCUAUAUAUGCUUUGGCGUGCAGAUCAAAUCUCUACGUUGUGUUU